AUGACCGCCACCCUGGCAACUCGGGCGCUGCUCUGGGCAGCUGUCUUGGCAGUCUUAAUACCCUACUGUCUUGCAUUCCGCUACAGCAAGUCUGAAUAUGGGGUAAGGAACGCGACGGACAAGCAGGACAUUUAUUCUGCGGAAGCCGAUGCGAUGAUACAGCACGACAAAAGCGAGGAGGGAGAGGACCACGGCGACAUUGACGUCCCAGAUGGCGCUAGGUACACAUCAUUCAUCGUUAAUGACGAAGGCAGCGAGGAAAUCCCGGGUUUCAUCUCGAAGGAUUUGGAUGACAAGACCAUCGAGCAUCUCUUCAUUGUUCUCCACGGGAGACUAAGGGAUGGAAACGGCUACUGGAAGAUGCUUAACGACGCAAUCAAGCAUGCCAAGGCAGACAACUUCACCGGAACGGACCGCAAAAUGGCAGUGCUCGCCCCGCAGUUCUUCUCGAAAAAAUACAACUCUGGUCAGUACACGAAAAGCCAGCUGGCCUGGGACGACUUGAACGCUUGGCAACCAGGUGGCCAGGCCGUACAUCCCGCAAACACAACCCUCACCUCUUUCGAUGUUCUGGACGGCCUCGUCAAGCUCCAUUCAGACAAGGAGAGAUACCCCAACUUGAAGAACGUCACCGUCGUUGGCCAUGGUGGCGGUGGUCAGCUUGCCCAGCGAUACUCGGCUCUGGGUAACGAUCCCCCUGAGAAUGUCCACGUUCGAUACAUCCACGGCGACCCAUCUUCAUGCAUGUACUUCACCGAACACCGUCCUAUUCUCCCAGACAGCGAUUAUUCCAAAGAGACCUGCGACUCCUACAAUGUCUGGCGAUAUGGCUUUGACGAGUUUCCCGGCACGGGAGGCAAGCAUCUGACGCCGAAGGAAUAUUUCACGCAGUACGUCAAGCGCGACAUCGUCUCGAUAGUGGGACUCCAGGAUACGGGAAGUGCCGGUGAUACCAGUUGCAUGGCCAACCUGCAAGGAGGCCAGAAUCGGCGAGCGCGCAACUUGAUCUGGUACCGGUACAUCAACACGCUUGCGCGUACGGACGAGGACUUGGAGGGAUUCCCUGGUUCGUUUGAGGAUCUUCCGGAUUGGAGCGACACGGUGGAUGGAAAGAGUCAUGUGCGACUCGUUGUUGUUGAGGAUGCCGCUCAUGAUGCGGCCAAGCUGUUCCGAGGAGAUCUCGGGAGGGGGGCGCUCUUCAGUGAUGAUAAAAUCGAGGAAGGCUGGCGCCCCAAGAAGAAUGCUGGCAACUAG